UGCCUUAUUUAAUCAAGAGGCGCCAACAGCCUCGAGAGCCGGGGAACAAGGUAAUCAGUUGGCGCUGGUCGCAAGCACCAGGCCUUAAAUUAAUACACCAAAGCUCCAGUGGGCUCCAGGGGACUGACUAGCCGACAGCCAACGACGGUUGUACCUAAUUUUGAAAUGGUUUUGAUUAAAGAACCCAGGUUCCAUGCCGUCAACAAGGAAUCAUUUCCCGUCCCUGUUGUGCUCGAGUCUUCUCUCUCUCCCUCUCUCUUGUUUGUGUGUUUAUAUGUCUCUUGCUCUUCUUCUUUUUCAUUUUCUCCCCGCUCUUCUUCACUCUAACCCACAUUCAUUACACUUGAAUCCAUCCAGGCUUGGAGCUGGACUCGUGCCUACAGUAUACGACGGCGAUUCAAUUGCUUUUUCCCCUUAUUAUGCUUGUCUACUCCGAAACCUUCCAGACUUGGGUCAUUUAUUGUUACAGCUUUGAGCAACCUCGUUCCUGUCCUAGCUUCUACGGAUAGAAGGCCUCCGCCACACUCAGGUCCCGCCGCCGUUUAAGCUAUUGCUGCCGUCAGCACUGCACAGUCACUUACAUCGCCAUAUCGAGGUGAAGCUGAGGGAUUCACGCCCAAAAAUAACAACCUGAAUACAGUAGCGGCAGCACAAGGCACUCUCAGCCCAGCGAUCCCGACAAUCUUCCAACAGUCACUGCCACUGACUGGCAGCUGACAAUAGAGAUGCCUGCCAUGUGGGACAGCUUCAAAAAAACUGGCACUGGCCCCAGCAUUCAUCAGCAACCACCUCGAGAGCUCAAGAACCGACCCUUUCUCCGACAGACCCAGAGUUCGAGUUCAUCACGGGCACUGCCACAGAAUAAGUCCACCACGAGCGUCAACAGCAACGGUAGAAAUUCGAACAAGUCAUGCGACAGCAACUACGACAACCAAACAUAUCUUCAAGACGAUUUCGAAAACCGUCUCAACGGUCUCGGAAUUCAAAACGGCCCUUUCAGAUACGAAAUUCGACGUGGUAAAACAGUUCGGCAACCGUACAGUGCAGGCCCACCUCGUCUCUCCCCUGCUCUCGGCUCAGACGACAUCCGAGCGAACGCGCCUCCUCGAAACCCUCGAAAAGGCGAGGACGACUCUCCUUGGAGACCUGCCUCCUCCGUUUAUCCCGACGACGAAUUCGACUCGAGCAAGCGCUACUCUCGUCACUUACACCAUCGGUUAUCACGCUCCAAAGCGCCUGCCAAGGACAUGUACGGGCGUUCUGUUGAAAUCUCUCCUCCAAGCUCCCCCGAGUUUGAUGCUACACGUUACGAACCAAACUCUCAAGAUGUUUCACCAAUCGAUGAGAGCCCAAAUUUAUCUCAGCUGGAUCUUCUAGGAGAACGCCGCCUCACUCCCAGACAAUCACAAACACAGCUUCGUAGCCAAAUACCAACUAUGCGUCGCGAUAAGCCAACGAGCCCUGGUCAACCUUCACCACUUCGCACGACUAGGUCAACCGAUCAACUUGCAGAUAUCACCACUCCGUGGGAAACCAUGGAACCACCGGCUGGCUCAUCAGACAUGCCCCAGCAGACAUUUGGACUCACAACAGUCGUCACUGGACCGCAGCGUACUACUUCCGGUAAUCCUUCUCCUUCACUAGGACAGCGGAUUCGCAAGUUUGCUAGAGCAAAGCCAGAGCCUCUCAACACCAGGCCACCAUGGAAUGGGGCAAGUGGCCGUGCGCCUAUGGUCGAUCCAGUUCGGGACGAUCUAAAUGUUGCACCAUUGAGCUUACAGCGUAGGGUCAGCAAGCGUGUUGGGCUUGGUCUUGACCCGUCUCCUGAAACACCUAGCGGCAGUGCUGGAACAUCUCGACGCCUCCUGCCUUCACGGUCCACCCAGAACCUCAAGGAGGCUUAUAAAACACCAUCUCCCGAACUCAUUUCUCACUCAUAUCCCAGUCCACCUAAUACUGGCUCUCCUCCUUCUCAGCCCACGAUCACGCAUGCUGCCGCUGCACCCAUGCUCAAUCCUAACCUGGUCCCUGACCAACUCAAGGCAGUCAAAAGGAAACCAUCACCAUCGAGUCACAACCCACAUACGUCGUGGUCAAGUUCCGUUUAUUCCGCAAUGACCGAAGACACACUCCUUGGCAACAAACCGGUCAUUAGCUCCACCGGGCCAGGAAGUCAGUCGACAACAAGAGACCUUUGGGUACAGCCUACUUCGCGCUUCAGUGUUACUACAUGUAACACUGCUGCUGCUGAAACACCUCGUUUACCUGACAGUGAAAGUCAAGCUUCUCCGCCGGACACACCGAAGCAGCAACCGUCGGUAAUGGAUCGUAGGAGACCAGUUCCAGGCGGAGAUAACUUCAGGAGAGCAUCGAAUGUACCAAUCAUCAUUUCGAUGAAAUCAGCUUCGCCAUCUAAUGAUCGCCCAGCGUCUAUCAUUUCCACAGAUAAGGCACUUCCCCCGGCGCCGCCAGAGAUGCAGUCGGCAAACGAUCGUGUGGCAUAUCUCACGGCUAGACUUGACAGUCUGGCGCACCGUCGCAAUAACAUCAACAGGAGUAUUAAGCAGAUGACAGAGUUGAUGCCCACCGACAGACUUCUGUCUAAUACCGACGUUAUUCGCAAGCGUGAGAUUGAGAAGAAGAAGGUGGAAGGGCUCAAGGAGGAGCUGGCGGAGAUUCAGAGGGAGGAGCACGACUUGGGCUUGAAGCUCUAUCGAGCUAAUAAACGUCUCGAAAGAGAGGCGGCCUUUGAACCCUCAUCUCUCUGGGUUAGGCGUGUCACAUCAUAAAGAGUUGAUGUUAGUGAUAACGUUUUUGCUUGUGGGUUCAAGAGAUUGUAUCUCUGAUUAUAAGCAAGGCGUUGAGAAGAUAUGCAUAGCGGAUGGAGUUGGGCUUCUUUGUUUUCUAUUCUUUUUAUUUCUUGGAGCCAUAUGUCGAUGGCUCUGGUUGUCAAUCAUACAGGCACAGAUUCUUUGAUGGUUCAAAAGACCUACUACAACGGACAAUUAGACCGCCGCCACCUGACAAUGUAUACAAUUCACAUCAUCUUCCCCUUUAAACCAUGUUCUGGUGGGGCAUGUAGAUGCUCUUUUCUUGUGUAAUACUAAUACCUACUAGCACAGAUCAAAUGACUAUUACUGAGUGAUCAACCA